AAACGUCCACCUUCACCCAGACAGAGAGAACAGAUAAUGCACACAACAUGACCGAAAUUACACCAGAAGAUGCCGCUGCCAAGCGCGCGGCAGAGCAAGCCCGUAUUCGCAAAGAGCGCAGAGAAGCUAAGAUUCGAGCUGGAGGGGCUUCGCGACUGGACAAAAUCACUGGGCUUGGAGGCCGUGUCCCAGAUGAGCCCUCGACAACCCCUGCGCCCGCAACCGUCACGUCGACGUCGACGUCGACACCAUCACCAUCACCGCCAGCGCCAGCGCCAAGGCCCGUCACCGAACACGCCGACCCAGAAGAGGUCGACAUUUCUCAACAUUUCUACCGUCCUUCCACCAGUCCCCGUCCUAGUUUUCCUCCCUCGUCCGCUUCCCCACCGGUCGAUCCUAGCGCCCUCUCCGAUGCCCAGCUGCGUCAGAUGAUGCUCGGCUUUGACCGUCCCGGUCCUGGUGCGCCUCCCGCUCCGGGCGACAUUCCGAUGAACCCGUUUGCUGCUGCUGCCGGUGCCGAUCAAGACGACCCGUUCAUGAAGAUGCUCUCCCAGAUGAUGACAGCUGGGGGUGCUGAAGGAAUGCCGGGGAUGCCGGGGAUGUCGGGCAUGCCAGGAAUGCCAGGGAUGCCAGGGAUGCCAGGGAUGCCAGGGAUGCCAGGGAUGCCACCAGGGGGGUUACAGCAGCAGUCACAAAAACGGGCGGCUUCGAAAGCCGACUACACAUGGCGCAUCCUGCACGCCAUCUUCGCCCUCGUGUUGGGGCUGUACAUCAUCCUCACGACGCACUUCAGCGGAUCAAAGGUGCAGCGAGAGAGGACGGCGCUGGCUCUCUCCCAUGCGGGCACCGAUGCCGAUGGUUCGGUCGUUCAUGGUAUGGAAGAAGGCAGGGAGGUAUUUUUCUGGAUGUUCGCCACGGCUGAGGCGCUGCUCAUCACCACACGCUUUAUGCUGGAGAAGGGGAAGCCCGGCGGUGCCGAGUCGGGGCCUCUGUGGAUGGUGGCUGGCUUCCUGCCGGGGCCUUGGAAGGGACGGGUGGAGACUGCGUUGCGUUAUGGACAGGUGUUCUCGAGCGUGAGACGGGAUAUCUUGGUGUGUGUCUUCGUCUUGGGAGUCGUUUCUUGGUGGAGGGCUUGAAAAGAGAACUUUGCCAACUAAGGGACAUGAUGGGCCGAGGAGGUGGACGAUGGAGAAUGGAUGAUGGAUGAUGGAUGAUGCAGCCAGGUCUUUAUUCUUUUGUGCUAGGUCACCUGUGUUGAUUAUCUAUGAGCCUAAAUCCAUGCGUUUCCUUUUUCAGGAAGCAAGAUGUGAGCAGUCCAUCAAUCACCCGUGACCGAGCUUGCAGA